UUAUUAUGGAUCCCUCUAAAACAUAAAUGUUAAAGUUGUCACAAUCAACAAAAGAGAGAGUGGAGGCCGCAAAAUAAUAUAUAGAAAAGAAAUACUAAAAACUGCUAUAUGAAUAAAAAGAGAAGAGAGAGAAGUGGGAAUAAUUAAUUCAAAAAUUGACAAAUUUGAAUUAUACUUAGAUUGAGCAAUAAGUAAUAAAAUAGGACUUGCUUCAUAAAGAAGCAGAAAUAUUGAGAUUAUAAAGAUAGAAGUUGAGUAUAAAAGACUUUGAACCAGUUGAGAUAAUAGGAAGAGGAGCAUUUGGUGAAGUUAGAUUAUGUAGAAAUAAGGUUUCAAAUGAUAUAGUGGCAGUAAAAAAGAUGAAGAAAUCAGAGAUGCUUUAUAAAAACUAAGUAUUGAAUUAAUAAACCAGGUAUGUCACGUAAGAGCAGAAAGAGAUUUAUUAGCAGCAUCAGACAAUGCUUGGAUAGUUUAAUUGAAGUGUUCAUUUUAAGAUGAGAAGUAAAAAUAUAUGUUUAUGAUAGAUACUUAUAUUUAGUGAUGGAAUAUUUACCAGGAGGAGAUUUGAUGACUUUAUUAAUGAAGAAAGACAUCUUUACAGAGAAAGAAUCUUAAUUUUAUAUGGCAGAAUCAAUAAUGUAUAUAAGAUAUGAAUAUAUAAAAAAGGGCAGUUGAUUCAGUUCAUAAAUUGAAAUAUAUACAUAGAGAUUUAAAACCAGAUAAUAUUUUACUUUAAGCAGAUGGACAUAUUAAAUUGAGUGAUUUUGGAUUAUGUAAAUAUGUAGAAUCUCGUGGAACAAGAUUAGAUGAAAGAAUUAGUGUACAUAAACCAGAAGAUAAAGGUAGUAACACAACGAGCUUUAAAAGAAAUAGAAUUAAAGCAUAUAGUACAGUAGGAACUCCAGAUUACAUAGCCCCUGAAGUAUUUGGGAAAUCUGGUUAUAAUGAGACUGCAGAUUGGUGGUCUUUAGGAGCUAUUCUAUUUGAAAUGCUUGUAGGAUAUCCUCCAUUUUUUUCUGAUGAUCCAUCGUCUACUUGUUAAAAAAUAAUUAAUUGGAAAAAAACUCUUGUUAUUCCUCCUGAAGCUAAGUUAUCUCCAGCUGCUACAGAUCUUAUUCUUAGGCUAAUGACUGAUGCUUCAAAUAGAUUGGGUGUUAAUGGAGUUAAUGAAAUCAAAGCACAUCCAUUUUUUGCUGGAAUUGAUUGGAAGAAUUUAAGAUCUAAAGUAUCUCCUUAUAUUCCAGAAAUUAAAUCUGAAUUAGAUACUAGAAAUUUUGAUAAAUUUGAAGAAUAAGAACCUUGGGUCCCUUAAGAGUAAUUAUUAAAUUUAAUUAAUAAGUUCUGGUAAAUCUAUUAGAAAAGAUGUCAAUUUUAUAGGUUAUACAUUUAAUAGAGAAGUAGAAGUUUAAAGAUCUUAUCUUCUCUAAGCCUUACUUGAUCUUGAUGCUUUAUAAGCACAAAAAACAGUAACUUUAUAUUUUUAUUCAGGUUCCCACUGAAUCUACUUCAAGUAAGUCUUAAGAAAAAAGAGAUCCAUUUUCCGUUUAACCAAAACCUAAUAGUUUAUAAUUAGAUUCAGAUUUAUAAAGUAAAUUACUCAAAACUUAAAAAUUAUUAUAAAAUGCUUAAUCCAAGUACUAUUCAACUUCUAUUUAUUAGACCUGUUCUUACUACUAAAUAGCAAUAAGCACCAGGUUCAAAACUUCAAUAGUAAUUGAGUUUAAGUCCAACUCAUUAGAAUUUUAAUUAAUAAAGCUACCUUAAAUAAUUAAUUAGUCCACAAAAUAAAAAAAUGGCUAUAUCCCCAUAAUCUAAACCUGUAAGUGAGCACUAAAAUCCUUCUUUGGCAUAACUCUAUAAACAAUUUGAAGUUUAAAAAUAAGCAAGUAAUACAUAAAGAGCAUAACCUAAAUCAUAGAUUCAGAUUCCAAUUAAUAAUAAUAUUAUUCCAAAGAAAUGAGUCUUUAAAU